AAAUUUCAGCUUCUUUUUUUUUUUUUUUUUUUUUAUAACCAAAAAAAUAAAAGGAAAAGAGGACAAGUCACGAGACAACAAGUACCACGCAAAGAAGCUCCAAGCAUCUGUCGACUUUUUGAGAAUCCAAGACUCGGAAAAUCGCCAUGGCAGUCACAGCAUUCAACACAUUGAAACUCGCAUCGUCGUCUCUAGAUCCGAUUCCUUCAAUCUCUUCUUCUUCUUCUUAUUCGUUCACUCUGAUAAGCGGCGGCGUCAGAAACUCCGUCGGAUCUCCUUUCAAGAGAUGUCUAAAGCAGACAUGUUCUGUUCGAGCCAUGUCUUCUUCUUCUUCCUCGUCUGCUUCGUCUUCUUCCUUCGGAUCGAGAAUGGAGGAGAGCGUGAAGAAAACGGUGACUGACAACACCGUCGUUGUUUACUCCAAAACUUGGUGCUCAUACUGUUCUGAAGUGAAGACAUUGUUCAAGAGACUGGGGGUUCAGCCACUGGUGAUUGAAUUGGAUGAACUUGGUCCACAAGGGCCACAACUGCAGAAGGUACUGGAAAGACUUACUGGGCAACACACUGUUCCUAAUAUUUUCGUCGGAGGCAAGCACAUUGGUGGCUGCACAGAUACAGUGAAGCUGAACAGGAAAGGAGAACUGGAACUGAUGUUAGCUGAAGCCAACGGUAAAACCGGUCAGACUUGAGGAGCUGAUGAAACUGGUUUGGAGAUUUUGCAUAUAGAGCUUGGAAGAGUUUUAACUCCUUUUUCUCUCUUUUGUAUGUACAUUGAACCUCGUAUUCUUGGCUCAACACAUUGAACCUUCACUUAAAUAAAAUAAUAAAACUAAAUAAAUAUCAAAACAUCAUUUAGUAAUUCAGUAGUUGUUGAUCUCUCUUUGAUUUUCACCCUUUGAAUUCACCAGUUUUUAGAGUAA